CCCCCACCAGUGGCCAAGAGGAAAUCACUGUUCGAUGACAAAGCCGUGGAGAUCGAGGAGCUCACCUACAUCAUCAAACAGGACAUCAACAGCCUGAACAAGCAAAUCGCGCAGCUGCAGGAGGUGGUGCGGGCGCGGGGGGGGCAGAACGGGCGCCACGUCCAGACCCACUCCAACACCGUGGUGGUGUCGCUGCAGUCUAAACUGGCUUCAAUGUCCAAUGACUUCAAGUCGGUGCUGGAGGUGCGGACAGAGAACCUGAAGCAGCAGCGCAGCCGCCGCGAGCAUUUCUCCCGUGCCCCUGUGUCCGCGUUGCCCCUCGCUGCCGGCAACAUGGGCAGCUCCGCGGUGCUGCAGGAUGAGUCCCCGCGCGCCGGCUCCGUGGCCAUUGAGAUGGACGCACGGACGAGCCAACAGCUCCAACUGAUCGAUGAGCAGGAUUCCUACAUCCAGAGCCGGGCAGACACGAUGCAGAACAUCGAAUCCACCAUCGUGGAGCUGGGCUCCAUCUUCCAGCAGUUGGCUCAUAUGGUGAAGGAGCAAGAGGAGACGAUCCAGAGGAUCGAUGCAAGCGUGGAGGACGCGCAGCUGAACGUGGAGGCGGCUCACGGGGAGAUCCUCAAGUACUUCCAGUCGGUCACGUCCAACCGGUGGUUGAUGAUCAAGAUCUUCCUCAUCCUCAUCGUCUUCUUCAUCGUCUUUGUUGUUUUCCUGGCCUGAGGAUCUUUUUCUUUCCCCUGUCCACCGGUUGGGACAGAUGGACUUGAUCCGUGCUCUGUGGGGCUCGGACAUGGACACUGCUGCGGGGAUGGGGUCUGCUGGGACCUGCCCCAGUGCCCCCGAGGACCCCCCCGUUGUCCCCCUCAGGCUGUGGGGGGCACCACCAGCUCCCCACCCUGCAGGUCCCGCAGCCUAUGCUGAGGCUGGUCCCUGUUCCCAGCCGGUCAUGGUGGCUGCAGACCCCUGCUGGGGGGCCGGGAAUGCUGCCACCCCCUGCCCCCAGAGUGGCUGCAGCCCCCUUUUAAAGCUGUGGGGCACCCUGGAGGGGGGCUGUGGACCCCGGUGGGUCCCCUGGGGGGGGGCGGGGCUGA